UAUAUAAGCCGGCGGGAUUCGAACUCCCAACGUAUACCGGUACAGUGUUGUAAAUCUCAGACAGAUGUGUAUCCAUAUACAAGUCAAUACGACACGGACUGUACAUAUAAUCUAUUUAACGGUUAUUACCAUAGUCAGGGAUGUGAUUCUGUAAUUGAAGAUAGAUUAAAAAUGUACAGCACACCGUUCUUUGUGUUCAUGGCAGUCGUCAUUUUAGCCGAGAUAUCGUGUAUAGUGAUGACACUAUAUGACGCUGUUCGCCUACCAUCUGAACCUAAUACUAUGCAUCUAGAAGAGAAAGCAAAUGAAGGAAAGAUAGAAUUGUUAGGAGUAGAUGAAAAACCCUCUUCAAAACCUACAAGCACUGUUUCUGAUAAAAAAGAUAAGAAAAAGAAGAAAGAAAAAGAAAAUUCCGGAAAAGCUGCAAAAAGUGAGCGGAAGCAAUCAAUUGAAAAACAAAAAUCAUUCGUUAGGCAAAAGACAGAUGAAACUGAGAAAGUUAAAGACAAUAUUGACAUACAGUCGUUGGAAGAGACAAAGAAAGAAAAUGAAAAAAUGAGAACGAAUACUGAGGAAAAAAAUGAUUCAAAACAUGUCAAUAAAACAGAAAACACCAACGAUGACGAAAAAGAGGAAAUGGACUCAAUAGAUCAACAUAAAAACGACGAAACAGUCAACAGACACCAAGAAAGAGAAGAUAAAACAAUGAAAGACACAAGUAUACAAAUCAAUGAAGAACCACCUUCAGAUAGAACCGAAUUGAAAGACAAAGUAAUAGAAGAUGUUAAUGCCGAAGAUCUAGUUGAAGAAGACUUUUAGUGUUGAAUUCGCGAGACGAAUAAUACAUUACGCUAUAUACUCGUCAUUAUAUAAAAUUCAACUUGUAACAUUUGGAAUUGGACUUUUAAACUAUA